AUGAGUUCACCUUUAAUUAAAAAACAACUUAUAAAGAAACAAUUGGAAGAUUGUUUGAAUGACUAUAAAGAUUUGAUUAAAUAUCUUAGAAGUGUAUUACUGUGGCACAGACCUAUCGAUUUGGGUAUCCUUAUACUAUCGGUAUCAGCAUUACUCUGGUACUCUCGUAACUUUAGUCUCUCUGUGAUCACUAGCAUCUUCACCGCCAUACCACUCUACCUUUUCAUCACCAUCAUUGCCAAACAACCAAUCUUAAAUUUGAUUUCAAUGGUUCAACCAAAAGACAUUUCCAAUGAAGCAUAUGAUGAAGUUAUCAAUAUUUUGACAGCCGCUAAAUACUCUGUUAGCGAGGAUAUCAAUGAACUUUACAAGUUGAAACAACUCUCUCCAAUCAAGUUCUUCAUUCAAAUCUCGAUUGUAUGUGCAGUUAUUGCUUUCUUGGGAUGUUAUAUCUCUGGUUACACUUUAUUUGUUAUUGCAGGAUUCAUCUCUAAUAAGCACCACGAAUCGAUUGUAGCAAUUGUUGGACCACACAUUGAUAAUGGUAUUAAAUUGGUAUCAAACACCAUCAGUCAGUUGACUGAGAAGUUCAUCAAUCAACCACAACCAUCACCAGCCAGCAAUGUCAACGCUGCUGCUCAAUCAGCCGCUAAAUCCAGCUCAUCAUUCAAACCAUCAAACGUCAGCAGAUCAUCAGGUGAUUACUCGGAUAUCUCAAAGAAGAAUUCAUAA